GUCAUCGGAAAACGAGCCUGCAACUAUUCUACUUGUACCGUUCAUACCACUGUGCAUGGUUGUGCAUACGCUAUCGCUCCCAUCGUUCCUACCGCUUGCCCAAUAAGCAGAACAGAAAGAGCAGUGCAUGUUAUUCAUGCAAUUCUUAGCAGAUGUCGCGCAAAUACUAAUCCGUGCAGAUUUGUGUCUAAAGCAGAAAUCGUGUAAGGAUAUUCGAAUGAUGCUUGUUUAUGCGCCGUGCGAAAGUAAAGGAUUCAUUGAGCGGUAUCGACGUAUUACAGAAACAUCUGUGCCGUUGUUUUGCGUUAUUAUAGAAUUGUUUUAAUAAGAUCAGUAGUAAUUAUGUACAUAUGAGUAAAUUCUAGCCAUUCGAUUGUCUCAAAGGCAUUGCUUGAAAAUACGUUUGUUGUUUUUAAAUUUGGGUGAUGUCAGUAGCUGUAUCUGUAUGUAUAUUUCGAAUUGAGUUAAAUUGUGUAUAUAGUGUAGACGCUGAAAAACAAACAGUGCCGUGUGGAGCCAUGGCAGCUGAAAGUGACAAGUUCCAUUUCUCAAGGGGUCGACGUGAAAUGCGUGACAUUACAAUUGAGACAUACUCAAGUGACACAGGAGAAACAAGACCCCUAGGACUAAUCCCUGGUUCAGAAAGCACGGAAUCGGCAGCUUUGCCUCUUGCUUCUGUUGAAGCAGAUCCCAAAUCACGGUGGUCAUGUGAGCCUGAUUGCAUGGAUCCUGGUUUCAAAACCAGAGAGCAGAUGAAUUUUGUUUCAGGAAAUCCCUUUGUUGAAGUUACAAAGGGCAUUCUGCAUUUAUACAAAGAAAAUGAGCUAACACCAAUGGACAGAGCAGCCCAGAGAAGCCAGACAGUGUGUAUCUUAGCAGUUCCAGCAACUAUGACUUGUCACGAUCUUCUUACGUUCACUGCUGCAUGCCACGGAGAUAUUCAGCACCUUCGUAUCAUCAGAGAUGGAUCUCCAAACCGUUACAUGGCUUUGUUGACAUUCCGAAGUCAGCAAUCAGCAUCUGAAUUCUAUUCCUCCUUCAACGGUGUUCCUUAUAAUUCACUCGAACCAGAUUGCUGUUGCCAUCUAGUAUUUGUGUCACGUGUGGAACUUCUUCGUGAAGGAGAAGGAGGAUCAGUUGCCCCUCUGGCUCAUACAGAACUUCCUACAUGUCCUGUGUGUUUGGAACGCAUGGAUGAAUCUGUGGAUGGAAUUUUGACUAUCCUGUGUAAUCACUCAUUUCACAGCAGCUGUCUAGCAAAAUGGGGAGAUACAAGUUGUCCUGUAUGCCGUUAUGUCCAAACCCCAGAGCUGGUUGCGGAUAACCGCUGUUUUGAAUGUCAUUCUGCUGAAUCACUGUGGAUUUGUCUCAUAUGUGGACAUGUUGGCUGCGGUCGUUACGUACAUGGCCAUGCAUAUCAGCAUUACCAUGAGACACAACAUUGUUACUCAAUGCAGCUGGGGAAUAAUCGUGUUUGGGACUACGUGGGAGAUAACUUUGUUCACCGCUUACUUCAGAACAAAGGAGAUGGCAAGCUUGUGGAAGGUAGCCCUCCAGGAAAACAGCAGUGUGAUGAUGAGAAAAUGGAUUCUGUACAACUGGAAUUCACAUACCUGCUGACAUCUCAGUUGGACUCUCAGAGACUGUAUUUUGAGGACAAGCUAGCACGAGUGGAGCAACAAACACUUGCAGAGGUAGCAGAAUUGCAAGAAAAAAUUAGUAAAGCAGUGGAAGAAAAUAAGAAGUUACAGGAGAAGCUUUUGCUCCUCUCCCGUGAAAAGCAAGCUGCAGAUAAAAAGUUACAGCAUGUUAUGGGAAGGCUAUCUAUGGCCCAAUCAGAGUUGCAGGAUGAACGACAGAUGAAUCAUGCCUUACAGCAAAACCAGUCAGCUUGGCAAUCUAAGUUUCAGGCCUUGGAGAAACAAUUUAAUGAAUGUAGAAUUGACAAAGAUAAGGAAUUGGCUGAUGUUCGUGAGCAACUGCGAGAUGUCAUGUUCUUCUUAGAGGCCCAAAAACAGAUAUCUGAAUCUGCUGAUAGGGAUGAGAUUGCAGAAGGCAGGAUUGUGAUUGGUGAAUCAGCACAGCCAUCACCCACCCCCACAGGAAGUGGAAGGAAGGAUCGCAGAAGAAGACAUCGAUAAUUUCCUGCAGCGGUAACACUGAUUCUUGAAAAUAUGUUACACAUUUUACCUUACAGCGUAUAAAACAACAAAUUCAAACUGCUUUCUUUGCCUUCUAAAGUUUUGUGGUAUGAUUGAAGUCCUUUUUCUACGUGUCUCUUUGACCCAUUCAUCUUUCCUGUCUCACAUUAUCCAAGUUAUGUGAAAGAAGUGAAAUAUAAAAUCGUUAUUAUUAUUAUUAUUAUUAUAUUGAGAGUUAUUUUGACCCCAGGCAUGUCUCUGUGAUUCUCAGUCAAACAGAAACAAGUACUGCAGUGUAAAUUUCACACACACAAAAAGGUUGUGGGAAAUAUGUGAGAUGAUUUUUUGUACAGUCUCCUCAUUAACUACACAAUGUACAAUGCAAGGUAGCCACUGCAUGAAGUACCCAGUCCUGAUAUAAUUUACUUUGAGGCAGUACUUACGUGUUUUCUGUUUAAAAUUACUUUCCAUGUUUCUGGAAACAAAUAUUAACUGGAGGCUUGUUUACUUUCUCAGAUCUGAACAAAAUAAUUUCCUCCCACUAAUUCCACCCCUUGAUUAGGACUCAUUGUGAAGGAAUACUGACAUGUACUCUUUCGAAAAAUUAUGUCUUUGUAUAUUACAUAAGAUUAUAGAAUAAAACGUCUUAAACUCCA